UGAAAAACAAGGAAAACAGGGGACUAAAACGAAACACACACGCUGCCGUUUCGAAUGGCCACGGCCGUCCUCCGCCGCCCACUCCUCGCAGCGCUCCUUCCCGCCGCCACCGGCGCUGCCGGACCCUCCCGGUUCCAUAUCCGGAGACGUCGGUCCCAGCAUCCUGUUCUCGCCGUGUCUUCCGACUCCUCCAAGCCCGUAGCCUCCACAUCGUCCUCUUCUGCCGGCGGCGACAACCCCGACGAGGAGCCGCCUGUUCGGCCGCUCCUCCAGGAACUCGCGGACUGCUUGGUUCUUCCGCCCAAGUUCCUCUCUCAGCUCCCCCGUGACCUUCGUCUCGACCUCAAUGGUGCCGCGUUUGAUCUCUCCAAUGGACCAGUUCUUGAUGAGUGUGGCCAAGAGGUUGGUGAUCUGCUCCUGAACCUGGCAAAAGCAUGGGAGUUGGCUGACACAUCAACAUCAAAUAACCUUGCCAAGCAGCUGCCAUCAAUGGAGCCUUACUUGACGCGCAGUGCUAAAUCAGGCAUGAACUGCAUCCAUAUGAUGUUGUAACUUGUCAAAACUCGCGUCCGAUGCAAUUUGCAUUCUUGAUUGAAGGCUAUGUUCCUUGCUAUUUGCUGUACAUACUGUAGCAUUUGGCAAGCGGCUCGUGUCAGCUGGAAGGAAAUUUCAGUCUAUGGGGCAGUACGGCCAGGGAGAACUCAAGAAGAUUGCUGAAACAAUGAUCAAGAAUGGUAAGCUACUAUCGACACGCCCAGUAGUUCAAUCUGAUGUUCAGGCUAUGAAAGAAAAAAGAAAGCUGAAGUUUGGAGAACUCGAGUUCGAACUGACAGCUGAGAAGGCCAAUAUUGGUGCUGCAGUAGGAGCGGUUUUCGGAUUUAUCUCAUGGCAACUAGCACAAGGCGUGCAAGGCAUUCCGGACAGUACGAUGCAGUACGCAAAUGACAAUGCCUUGCAGCUGGCCAAGUCGCUCAAGGUUGCCCUGCUUGUUCUUGUCUACACUUCUACCGGCCUAUCGUUAUUUACAGCUCUGGGGCUGCUGUUGCUAGCCCAGCAGAUAAACUCCGACAACAAGUCAGAGUAGCUGGCAAUUUUUUUUAAAAAAUAUGGAUGCCUUUGUAUGCUCGAAUGCGGCAACAUUGUGGCAUGUGACACUGGACCGUGCAUGUAUGAUGUAGUAUCACUCUAUUCAAUUUUCUGUACACAAGAAACAAACAUCAGUUAUUGUGAGUUCGAAUAAUCUGAGGGUCAGGCCAAUAGAAUAAUUUGGAUCUUUUGUUUGGAAUUUGGGAGCAAAAUUGCUCCAUGGAAUCUCGGGACUGAUCUGUCUUUGGCGCUGCUACAUGCGCAUAAUUUGGAAAGCCCAAAUCCAGGUGGGCCCGGCCCAGUUAAUCCUCCACUGCUCCGCCGGCCGCUCUUCUUCUCCCCUCCCUAUUAUCCCCGGCCACAUCCUCCGCUGCGCCUCUCCAGUCUUUACUGCUCCCAUCCAUCGCAUCUACCACCCAAACCCAAGCAAUGGCUUCCUCCACCCAGGGUCAGGUCAUCACCUGCAAAGCGGCGGUGGCGUACGAGCCGAACAAGCCGCUCGUGAUCGAGGACGUGCAGGUGGCGCCGCCGCAGGCCGGCGAGGUCCGCAUCAAAAUCUUCUCCACCGCGCUCUGCCACACCGACCACUACACCUGGAGUGGAAAGGACCCUGAGGGUCUCUUCCCCUGCAUUCUUGGCCACGAAGCUGCUGGAGUUGUUGAAAGUGUCGGUGAAGGAGUAACUGAUGUGCAGCCUGGGGAUCAUGUCAUUCCAUGUUACCAAGCAGAAUGCAAGGAAUGCAAGUUUUGUAAGAGCGGAAAAACCAACCUCUGCGGUAAGGUUCGUAGUGCCACAGGGGCAGGUGUCAUGAUGAAUGAUCUCAAGAGCAGGUUCUCAGUAAAUGGAAAGCCCAUUUACCAUUUCAUGGGAACAUCAACAUUCAGCCAGUACACUGUUGUGCACGAUGUAAGUGUUGCAAAGAUCAACCCACAGGCACCUCUAGAUAAAGUCUGCCUGCUUGGCUGUGGUGUUUCUACCGGUCUUGGAGCAGUAUGGAAUACUGCAAAGGUUGAAGCUGGCUCUAUUGUUGCUGUUUUUGGCCUUGGCACAGUUGGACUUGCAGUUGCUGAGGGUGCAAAAGCAGCUGGUGCUUCUCGGAUUAUUGGCAUUGACAUUGAUAGUAAAAAGUUUGACGUUGCAAAGAACUUUGGAGUUACAGAAUUCGUGAACCCAAAAGACCAUGACAAACCGAUACAACAGGUCUUAAUUGAUCUUACAGAUGGUGGUGUGGAUUACAGUUUUGAAUGCAUUGGAAAUGUAUCUGUUAUGAGGGCUGCACUGGAAUGCUGCCACAAGGGCUGGGGAACCUCUGUCAUCGUUGGUGUUGCUGCUUCUGGUCAGGAGAUUGCCACACGGCCAUUCCAGCUUGUGACUGGCCGUGUCUGGAAGGGAACAGCUUUCGGCGGCUUCAAGAGCCGAAGCCAGGUCCCAUGGCUUGUUGAGAAGUACUUGAAAAAGGAAAUCAAGGUGGACGAGUACAUUACCCACAACAUGACCCUAGCUGACAUCAACGAGGCGUUCCACCUGCUGCACGAAGGUGGUUGCCUGCGCUGCGUGCUGACAGUGCAGGAUUGAGUUUCUAAGCGAAGCAGUUUGCAUCAUGUUGGGUUUGUAAUCUAGAUUGUGUCGUUGGUACUAGAACUCUUUUCCCUCGUUUAGCCUGGAACCUGGAUACCCUCUGAACCCACUGUUACAAUAAUGUGUUCUGUUGGAUGCCCUGGUGAUGGUUUCUGCUGUGUUCUACUAUGUCGACUUGUAUCUCAGUUGCAAACGUGCUGUUUCUGAAAUAUUUUUUGCUUGUCAAUUUUCCUUGAAUUAAUAAUUGAUCUUUAUUCAGCGUUGCUC